AUGGAGGUGAAUAACAGAAUCGUAACACAAACGGUUUGUUAUGAGAAAAUCGACCGUCGUUGUUGGAAUGCACUAAUGCCUAGGUUAAAUUUUUGUGUGGGCUUACCAUUCUAAACUGCUUUUAAACUUAUAUGCCACCAACGAGAAUACUAUAAUGGAGGAUGUACAGGGACAUAAAAGGGAGCGCGGAGAGAAAAUCCAUCGAAAAAAGAAGAGUCGAGAUUAUGAGGUUACUGAUCAAACUGCUAGUCGCUUCCUCAAUCAUUUUUCGGACAACAGAUAUGAUAACCAAGAUAACGGCUGUCAUGACCCCGAGACCACUGAAGGUUAUGCUGACUUUAAUGCUACCAAAAGACCUUACUCUUCAAGUCGAGUUGUUUAUAGGGAUAGUGUAGAAAAGACUUACCCAAACGAAAAAGCAGAACGACAUAGGUCGAAGAAAAAACCACCGAGACAUGAAAAUGUGUCGAAUGUGGCUGGUAUGAAACACAAAUAUUCUGUCGAUCAAUAUCAAGAAAGUAUCCAUAGUUAUGUCAGUGACAAUGAGAAUCAGUACAGAAGUCGCACAGGUUCUCGAAUUUCUCAAAAUCAAGUACCAUAUCAUCAAGAUGAGGAGAGUGGAGUGUCUGGUUCUAUUCGCUAUGAUGGCUCAGUACCACCUUCUCCUCUUUCAGUCAGCAUUCCCAUUUCUAAUGGUCGUUCUGAGGAACGUCGAGAAUCUUCCAUGGGUUUACCCACUAAUCUACACUCUGAAUCCUAUUCGAGUUACGAACAACGCUUGCUAGAUGAUGGACAUUCCAAUGCAUUUGUUGGGAGUGGACGGGGAUUUUGGAAUCCUGAAUUCGGACAAGGCCAGAAUGAACUCGUACCUCACCAAAAUCUACCUGAGGUUUCGCCAACGAAAAACGUAUUAUCAAAGUUAUUCGCUUCUUUUAGGCGACGCAAGCCGAAAGCUCAUGUGUCACAAAUUACCAAGCCGUCUGAUAGUUCUACAUCAGUUUGCGUUAUUAUGCUUGAUGGUGAGGAGCUUGUUUUCCAGUUGAGUCGUGAUGAUAUUGGUCAAGUUCUUUUCGAUCAGGUGUGUCAGAACUUAGAUCUUUAUGAAGCCGACUACUUUGGACUGACGUUCGUCAGUAACAAAAUACGUACAUGGUUUUGGCUGGAUUUACAAACCAAGAUUGGAAAACAGUUGCGAGAUAACGAGCAACGGUUAUUUUAUUUUCAAGUUAAAUUUUACCCUCCUGAGCCAUCCUUGUUGCAAGAAGAGUUGACACGCUAUCAGCUUACUUUACAAAUUCGACAAGAUAUUUACACUGGGAAACUUCCUUGUUCGUGGGUUACACAAGCAUUAUUAGGUUCAUUUAUGGUACAGGCAGAAUUAGGCGAUUUUGAUCCUGACAAACAUAUUGGGUUAGAUUAUUUAAAUGAAUUUGAAUUUGUACCAUCACCUACACCCCAAUUGUUGAAAAAAAUUGUGGAAUUGCAUAAAACCCAUACUGGUAUGAAACCGAAUGAAGCUGAUAUUAAAUAUUUAGAGACUGCUAAACGGUUGGAACUAUACGGUGUUGAUUUACACCCGGCUAAAGAUACGGAAAAUGUCGAUAUUUAUAUUGGUGUUGGUUUUCAUGGUGUAGUUAUUUAUCGUGACCGACUGCGUAUUGGUCGAUUUGCAUGGCCUAAAGUUCUACGUAUAUCGUAUAAAAAAAAUAAUUUCUAUUUAAAAAUUCGACCUGAUUAUUCAGAACCUGUAGAAGCUAUUGUAGGCUUUCGUUUGUUAAAUCCACAUUUAGCUAAUCGACUGUGGAAAGCUGCCGUCGAACAUCAUGCAUUUUUUCGACUGAAAGAAACGCCAGCACCUAAAAGACCUUUAUCAACACCUAGUUUAAGUAAAUCACAAUUUCGUUAUACAGGACGAACAUUCUUCCAAUAUCGUACAACGAAUAUUGAUAGGCCACAUCCACGGUUUAAUCGUUCAAUGUUGAAGCGACGUACGGCAAGUAUGCCUACUGGUUUAAAUGCAGUUAGAAACUUUAGUUCUAAUCAUUAAUUUCAGCUAUGAAUAUGCAUACAUUAAACAGAGCACAUCCACGUGAUAUGACUGUAGGCAAAAUUCAAAAUAAUGAUCAGUUACAAGGAUUACGAAGAUUUGGUUCUGUUCAAAUGGGUAGUGGAGUAAAUGGGAAUAGUAAUGCAACGCAAUUAUACGGAACUGUUCCACGACAUCAUCCAUAUUCUGAGUCCGUUGUGUCUGAAGUACAAGAUGUACAGUCUCAAAUGAGUAAACAAUAUAGUGAUGGUGUUUCAAAUAUUUUAUCAUAUGGGUCUGUAAACGAAAGUUAUGAUAAUGAAGCUCCUUAUAAUGAUUAUGUAAAUUAUCGACACUCUGGAAAAGGUAAACCAGACGAAAUGUUGUCUGUUACAGGUGGAUCUCAAUCAAGUGAUUAUCCUAUUAUUCAACAUGGUCAAAACGAUCGUAAAGGUAGACAUCCUUCUGAGAUAUCAAAUUCCAUAAAUGAGCGUAGACCGAAUUCUCCUAUAUAUGCAAAUACUAAAACACAUCGUCGUAAGAAGCAUCAUGAUGAGUCAUCAACGAAUACUGUCCAACAAAAAGAUAAUUACACUUAUGAUCCGAAUACGAGAAUAAGCAAUUUGUCAUCUAGUCAUAAGCCUCCUGUAGGUGGUGUGCCAGUAUUCGGAGGUGUAAUGCUUCCUAAUAAUCACCAUAAUCAGGAAGUAGAUAGGUUGAAACGAUCUGAUCAACUGCGCCCUUUGAAUUCCCCUCAUUUUAAGAAGAAACAACAAUAUCAUUCAGAAGAGAAUGAUGAACAAACUGUAACGCUCACUGAAGAUAAGGCUGAUCAUAAUCAAUACAAAUCCAGUUCUAAACAUCGAAAACAAUUACAGACCGAUCAUUACAGUGCAGUAUCUAAUCAUAAUAGACCUAGACAUUCCGGACGAUCAGUGAGUUUAGAGUAAAGGCGGUGUUUAUUAUUUGUGCAUGGUACAAUAUAUUUUUGCUUCGAUAAUAAUAAUGCUGGUUUACACAGCUCAUUACAAUUAUAUUACUUUUUUCUGAUUUAUUGGUUUGUUAAUUCAUUUGAUGGAUGGAAACCAGGUAAAUGUUUAAACUCACGAGUAUUGGUUAUGGGAUUCAGGCUUAUUUCUCCUGAGUAAACUUAGCAGUUGAUGCUUACUCCCUUCUACACUCACAUUUUCAUCACACGAGUUCUAUCUAAGAUGUUAGCCUCGUUUUAGUCUUAUGAUAUGUUUCGAUGAUGAUUAAAGUGAAUCAAGGAGAUAUCUUUUGCUGUGUUUAGGAUAAUUCGAUGUUCGCAGUUUUUCGAACCUCAUAUAAAUGGAAACCUUAAACUUGAAUUAAUUUAAUGUGAUUAUAUAUAUAUAUCUUCCAGAUACUCGGUUUUUUUCAUUUACCAAUCCAAACCGUAGUAAUUAUACUUAAAAUUGGCGAUACUGCUUACUACUGCAAAGUGAUGCAAUACUAAAACCAGUAUUCUAUAAUUACGUACUUUAUUAUAACUUUAAUCGUAUACAAAAUUUAAACACAUCAUAAAGUUAAAUAGUGUCAGUAAAUUUUUUAUUUCGAUUUUCAGUGUAGCCAACAAUGAGCAAGUUGGUGUAAGCUUUAAGCAAAAGCAGUCAUCCAGUACUUUAUAGUCUUGCAAUAGCUGGUAAACUGAUUGAUCAUUUAUGUUCUCUUGUAUUGAUCGUUGGGUUAAUCCAUUUAGAUCUUUUUACUUUGUGUUUUCUAUAUAACGUCAGCUGGUUUGUUUUAUAAUUAAUACAAAUACCACUUAGCUAUUUCAUUCUUUAAGAAUCAAGCUUACAGUCAGUGUAUCUAGACGAAUCUAACUCGCAGUAUCGUAUUUUUCAAAUCUCUAAAAUAUGACUGUCUCUUUUGGAUCCACUGGUAGCCUCAAUGAGUAAGUGUUUUUUAUGGUUCAGGAAAUCAAUUCAUAUCUUGUGGUAUUUAAUUUUUGCUUACAUCACCCUGAAUAGGAUUACCGGCAUGAUAUUAUGAGGUAAUUUUUACGGUGGGCUGUGUUCUGAAAAUAUCAGGACGAAUAAUUAAUUCAGUUAUCAUUCUUUUAAGAUGUUGGUAUUAUACAUUGUUAGCGUAUUUUCUUGUAUAUAUUUCAGCAUCGAAGACAAUCAGGAAACGUAGAAGGCAUGUUAUAAUUCGAAGAAAACCCACCACGUAACAAACUUUAUUAUCUGGUCGUCGUUCUCUUCUAUUAUACAUACUCAGCGUGGGGCUUCCAUUUUUUUGAAAACAUAUUUGAUCCUUUCCACAGUUUUUAUUUGUUAUGUGAUUGUUAACAGGUUUUUUAAAAUAUUUUACCCUCUGUGAUUUACAUAACAAUUAUUCAAACAAUUUUCGCACUUAUCCAUUCAUACGUAGUAUACACACGCACACUUACUUAUUGUACCACCCACUAUACAUUUAUUGUCCUUUACAUAUUAUUUUAUGCUUAUUAUGAUUACUGUUUUUCUCUUUGAAUAUUUUUUCCAUUAUCUCAUUCCACUUUUUUAUCAAGUUAGCGUUGAUGAUUUACUCAUGCAUACAUAUCAUUCUUAUAUAUAUGGAAAAUUAUUAUCCGUUUUUAAUUUCUCUAAAUUUGUUAUUUGUAGAUGGUCUUAUUUUUAAACCCAACAUACCAUACAUUCAUUUAUCUAGUAGAUUGUUCUCAAGACUAAAUUAUAUAUAUACGGCGUAAUUUUUCUAGCUCCCUAUUAUUAAUUCUUAACCCUCCGGACAGUAU